AAAAAACUCAGCAAUCGGAGAAUGAGUAAUGUGCUUGACUUAAGCGCUCGGUAGCACUCCUCUUACUAGAAUCCUCCAACCUCUGCACGCAUUUCCCCCGCCCGGGCGUGUCUCCGCUUCCCCGGCUCCUUCCCCGCGCGACAACCGUCUAGCGGAGUUGAUCGGUGGGACAGCACAAGCGUCGGGCUUGGGGCGGCGUGCGGCCAUUGGGACGGCACGCCUCGAAAUGGUCGGCCCGGGAGUUUUCUGGUCUUUUGUUAGAUUUGGCGACUUUUGCGCGAAAGCUGAAGCGGUUAAGUUUCAAACUUUUAAAAUUCGUCUGCUUUGAAUAAAUUUAAAAAAUGUUUGCAUCUAAUUGUUUUGAAAUUGAUUCGCCUUCGAUAAAAUCAAAAUUUUUAUUAUUUUACAACUUUAAACCCAUUUUUAAUUUUAUCGGCCAAAAAAAAUCAGCUUAAAUACCCCAGGGUGGCGCGCCUUAGGCGUCAGCUUGAAGCCUCGAGGUCGUAGCUCGAAGUUUAGAAGUUAUCGACAAGUAUACCACGCCAUGCUCACGGGUUUUGGGGGAAGUUAUGUACAAUAUGCCAUGCCCAUGGGUUGAUGGGUUGGGUUUGUUCGUUACUUUGUUGAUAUGAAAAGAGAGCGGAGAAAUUUUCUACGGCGGUCGCGUGUUUUUGGACCAAGUGUUUGGGGUUCGGGUGUGUGUGAUUGGGGGAUUGGAUGGGACGUUGUUGCUUUUUUAUUUAGCUCUUUAAUAUUGAUCCCCUCAAAACUUGAUUUGAAGUAGUUAUAAUGAAGUUGUGAAGAUUUUGUGUCUUGUCCUCGUUGUAUAAGGACGAUAACCAUGACUAGUGCGGCGUCUGCUCUCCCUCCAUCACGCACUCAAGCGAGUUCUCCACAUGCGGACUAUCCGAUCGAGGAGGACGCAAUGGUCGAAAGUCGAUCCGAAGCAGUUCCAAUCGAGCAUAGAGGCACGGACGAGGAGUCAUCAAAGCUGUCGGGGGAAGGAGCGGAAGAAGCUGGCGGUGGAGGAGAUUAUGAUGGGACUGAUCUGCAUGAGUGUAGUUCAGACGAAACCUCUAUACAAGAGGAGGCCGAUGAAAAUUCAGGGGAGGAAACUUUAGGUUACGACGAAUCGGAUGGUGAAGAUGAUAGUGAUGAAGGAGAAACAGAAGAUGAUUACACUGACGAAGGCGACGAUGAAAUCGGUAUCGAUGAUGCCACUACGUUUGUCGAUGACACCGUUGGAGACCCGACGCACGUUGACUCUACGGCAACUAGAGGAAGACGUACUGGCUCAAAAGAUUCGUCUGUAAGCAAGCAUGGGGCUGGCCUCAACAAAAGAGCUCCAGCAUCGGAGACACCAGAUGCGCGUCCGCCGGCAGGCGAGAAUGUUAUAACAUAUUUGCGCGUCUGCUUGCAGCGACUGAGGUCCUUUCGUAAACGCUUAUGCCAAAGGCGCGAACCGGCAAACGCUGCCAACGACCCGGCCGAUGUUGCAACCCGAGCGGGACAAGUAGAAAACCCGGCACCUGCGCGGAGAUGCUGCCGCUGCGGGUGUCGAUGUUGUUGCCUCUGGUUUGUUUUCGUGAUUCUGGGCUUCAUUGGCGGUCUUUAUCUCAUCGACUUGGUAUUCUAAGCUUAGGUUUCUGUUAAAUGAAGGUGGAAGAGGAUAUCAGGAUUGGUGCAAUACAGGUCUGUCAAUCAUCCUGGCAUGUAGAGAAUAUAAUCUCGUCAUCAAGUAUGAAGAGACUCUAGCUGUGCCACCUUUGUUCAACUUUUUCUCUUCCCUCUUUCCAGUGGGUGGCCGAGGAAGCCGAAGAGCAAGAAGCCGCAGAGAUGCAGGAAGCACUGGAUGCGUUGGGAUCCUUGACGAAGGAUCUCUUUGAGACAAUUGCAACCAUGGGCAGUACGGUACAGUCUCUUAACGCGGGUAAUACUGCUGUUCGCGUGCUCACACUGCAGAACGGCCGCCUCAGUUCUGGAGACGAUGAUAGUAUCACUUUAUGAACCGUGAGUGGUAGCACACUGCACUGCAUACAGUCGGAAGAGUAAAACAGGGUUAGCAUCAGUUCUGCCUAUGUAUUCUUAGGUGCGCUUUCCACGUCAUCAUUUAUUCUCUAAUCCCGGUGUCCAUGGCAAAGGGUGAGAUGGACCUCAUGCGAGCGGACGAAGAGGCAGUGAAGAAGGCGUGCGAGACGCGGUCGCACGGAGAAAGGGCGGCGAUGCCGGUAGACAGACGUAGUUUUCAGAGACAGAAUAUAAGCGAAGUCGCGUGGCGCAGCGAUCUAACACGGUCUUGGCACGGACGUCGGCGCGCGACAGACAGCGACUCGGAGGAGGAAGAUCGCACUUUGAUAGGGGAGCGGGAACCUAGUACAUGGCCAGCUGGAUUCAGCUUACAUGCGCCUCCUAGCUCAAGAACGUUUCGUGACCCUCGCAACCAAAUUUAAGAGUUAAACCAGACGUGAUGGUGUUGGCUCGUUCUUUGAGUAAAUGUCUUUGGAGACUUUGAUGUAUGGCUAAAUCGUUGACGUGCGAAGAGUCUCUGUUUUGUGUCGGCAUCUGAGAGGCCUUCUGUGUACAGCAAGCAAUUCUACGGAGUGCGUUCUAAUGCAGAGCGACCAGAGAAGGUACGAAGGCGCGAGAUGCGGAAAACCUUAGUGCCGUAAAUGCCUUGGCUGAACAGGUCGAGAGCGUUGCAGUAGAGCAAGUCAAAGCCCCGAAAAUCAUACGAAGUCGCCAUGAGCUGCAGGAUGCGGAACAGCCGGCAAGAAUCCCAAAUGUUCCGAGUCCGCCAGUGCCUGAAUCUACCGCGAAGGAGCCACCGAUUCGAAGGAGGGAAGACGCAGCUACUCCAGGAGUUGCGACAACAACAUCGUCAUCCGUACCCAGAAGCAAUCGCAGUACCCAAGAACGCGCCCAAACAGCGGGGGGCGAUAGAUCCACUGCAACUGCUAGUUCAUUGAGGGAAACAAGUAGUGACACCAAACCAUCUGAUCCUGUGAGCACAACGUUCGCAACAACAAGAAGAACACUUAGAGAGAUUUUUUUUCCCGCAGAUCCAAAUCCGCAGCGACUGGGUGGUCUUCUUUUUCCCGGGCUGACCUUCGUUACUGCAGAACCCGUUGAAGAUAGUAAUUUAGGUGGUGGAGAAGAUGGAGAACACCUGGGCGAUGGGACCGAGACUUUCUUCGAGAACGGUGUGGACAAGAGCCCUAUUCGUGGCGACGUCAAGGGUGGCCUAGCAGACGACCAGAGUUUCGAGCCUCCGAAAUUCGCUGAUGCCUUCUACAACGAUCCUGCGUGUGAGAAGGCUGGCGACAUGUGGACGACGUACCGACGCCAGAUGAGCGUGGUGCAUGACAUCGCAGUCGAGGAUGAAGAUCAAAAGGCCUUAGUUUCGAUGAACUUCCUUGUCGACACCGGAAUGACGAACACAACAUACAUGGACGAGCAGGCGAAUCGGUGCUUCAUCGGUGUUGCGACAAUGCUCUUUCACCUGGCACGGCAUCGAAUGACAGUAGAAGGGGUACCUAUGUGAGUAUCUUUUUUUCAUCUAAAUCAUGGUAAGUGAUAAAAUGAUAUCUGGAAAAAUGUUAAUGUUUUUUAGAAGUGGGAAAUUACUACCGUCUAAUCAACGAGGGGUGCUAGUCUUUCUUUCCAGAGAAACCCUCAUACCACAAGGUGUACACCUCAGCGGCGUACCUCUUCCGGUCUUUGGAUCACUACAUGUCAUCGAUCCAUCCGGACAAGUUCGAUGAACAGAAUGAGAAUAGCAAGGGGCCUGGAAAGCGAUUGUGGCCUGUAUCCGAUCACGAGGUCACAUUGCUCAAGGCCGAAAUUGCGAAGCGGUCUAGCGGACGUGGCUGGGAUUUAGGUCCUAAAAACAAGGAUCAAAAGCCUUACCACGGUAACCUGUUCGGGGCCAUGGCGGACGAUCUGAUUGACCGCGACGCGAACAAAACGCUGAAGAACGCCUUUAAAGUGUACGUUUAUAACAUUGACGAGUACGACGAACUAAAAACCCUGACGAAGGGUGCGGCUUUUUGCAAAGACAAUCAGUGGGGCUUUGAGGUGCAGUUGCAUUUCUGGUUUCUCGCGUGCGACUGCCGCACCGAUAACCCCGAAGAGGCAGACUUUUUUUUCGUGCCACAAUACACCGCUUGCCAUCUAAAUUUGGAGACGUUCUCAGAAGAGGAGAGCAAUAGCAUGUUCGAAUCCUUAGUGCCAAAACUAAAACACUUCCGUCGGACCGAAGGAAGAGAUCACGUUUUCGUCUGGGGCGCGGGAUUCUCGGUAGAUGGGCCUUUUCGCAAUUGGAGAAAGUACAUUAAGGACAGCAUUUUUCUCAUGGCGGAAACUGAGUACUGGAAUCCGUACCACUGGCAAACUGAGAAGCCGUUCAAUUUCGCGAAGGACAUUGUGCUGCCGGGGCGAAUCCAGGUGUCGGAAAUAGCACAGCACAACGAGCACGCGGUAAUAUGACAAUGAUGAAAUUUUCCGCCAAGCAAAUGAGAAAAGAACACUACUGCGCGUACUAGUGAGCAGAUUGAAGAUUCCUUAAGUUAUGCCUACCAUGUAGUACUGUGACAAAGACGGGAAGUCUAAACGCAAGCCUUGUUUUCUUGUGUGAAAGAUCGCGAAAAAAAAAAUUUAGAUGCCUAUGGAGGAGCGUCCGUGGGUCGGAGAUUUUGUUGGCUGGAAUAGGCCACUUCAUGCAGCUCAAGGGAACCAAACGGUGUCGCCACGACAGGCCCUCUUGCGAUGGGCGAAGCGGUAUCCGGCUGAGAUGCACAUACGCCAGGAUGUGCCGUAUUCGGAAGCACUAAGGGGUUCGAUAUCGUCGCGAUUCUGCUUUGUACCACGAGGUAAGUCAGCAUGGAGUAGUCGGCUUUUUCGUGUGCUAUAUGGAAAGUGCGUCCCGGUUCUUCUGAACGAUGACUAUGAGGUACCUAAAUAGAAAAGUCUAAGUAUUUCGCUGAUUGCAUUAUCUUUCCGCAUUUGGUCUUUUGCCUUUCUCUUUUUGGGAGAGCAGAGAAAACGGAACGACCUUGCGUUUCCCUGAGUGCGCCUUCACUAUGCCAGGUCCCAUUUGUGAGUUUAUUCGAGAAUAAAGAUAAUUGGUUUAUCCGGUGGCCGAUGCGAGAAGCAAACAGAGACCUGGCGCAUUUUCUUUUUAAUUUCGAUAUUGAAGUUCUGAAGCAAAUGGUGAAAAACGCAAUCGAGCCAAAGUGCUGGUACGUUUGGAUUCCUAGCACGCUGGACACAGGUACUACCUUGGCUUUCAAAACUGAGAAGUAGGCUCCCGGAAUGUUGAGCAUUGGUUUCUGCAGGUCAUUAGGUUAGUUCCGGGUAGACAAAAAAGCAUCUUUUUUGUUAUUUGGCAGUGGAACUGACAUAGGUCAUGUGGAGCUGCAGGAAGGCGAAAUGAAUUCCGUUUGCCCGCAAUGGAGAACCCAGAACGCGUUUUUCGCAACUCAUACGCUACUGUAUCACAAAAAGCGGGUGACAAAGUCGAGUAGUAAGACGUUCUUCAUGCCCGAUCCGAAGACCGGCGAAGUUGUUUACGUAGACGAUAAUUUCGAACGCAUCUGAUUGUGACCCUUUCUAAUUGCAACCGAGGCACCGUUUUACGUGGCGGUCAGCGUGUGAUCCCACGCCAUAAGCAUAAGCAAACACAAAGCCCUAGCCCAUAAUCAAAACCGAUAUCCUUUCUGUCUUUUUCACGUCAGAGAAUUUAGGUCUGAAUCACGUUUUUGAGCAUCAGAUCCUCUCAUCGUCGGCGUCUGAAUUGCAAUUGAUAGUCAGUCAUUAUAUUUAUUUGACAGCAACGUGAUGAGCAUUUGGUAGUUUUUGACUACGACAGAUGAGACAUGUAGUAAUCUGGAAAAAAUCUAAAUGUCAAGAGGAAGCCUCUACUUCACUGAUCUGCAUAGAGGGAAAAGCUCCUGGUGUAAAUGCGAAACUGGAAAGAUCUGCAGAACGCCUACCGCUUCAGAACUGUGGCGCUUUUCUUUCC